UUGUUAUUGAAAAAAAUGGCUCAAUAUAUUGCGCAUGAUAUAAAUACAAAACAGCGGACGAAUGAUAUUAAAAUAGAAGAAGAUGUUACAUUUGUUCAAAUGCGACUUUUACAAGAAAUUUUGGAUGGGUUAAUGUUUGCUGGAUUUCAAAAACCAUCUCCCAUCCAAUUGAAAGCCAUUCCAUUAGGCCGUUGCGGAUUUGAUUUGAUAAUACGUGCAAAAUCAGGUACUGGAAAAACUGUAGUAUUUGGUGUAAUAGCUCUUGAAACUAUAGAUGUUUCGCAACAAUUGCCACAAGUUUUAAUAGUAGCACCUACAAGAGAGAUUGCUAUUCAAAUAACCAAUGUUCUUAAAACAAUAGGUUCAAAAAUAGAAGGAUUAAAAACGGAACAUUUUGUUGGAGGAAUAUCAUUAGAAGAAGAUAAAAAGUUGAGCAAAUGUCACAUAGCUGUUGGUGCACCAGGUAGACUUAAACACUUAAUUGAAAAGGGAUUUCUUCAAGUAUCCAAAUACAUCUACAUAUUUUCUAAAUUACCAUCUAGUAAGCAAGUUAUAGCCUCAAGUGCUACUUAUCCUGGAGAUUUAGAAACAUUUCUACAAACUUAUAUGUCUUCUCCAAUAUUGACAUCGCCAAAUAUUGAUGGGCCAAUUUUGAUUGGAAUCAAACAAUUUGUGACUGUGGUUCCAGUACAUCCCAAUGCGAUGAAACAGGUACAAAUAAAAGUUGAUGAGCUAGUAAAAAUCUUUACCAAGAUUCCAUUUAAACAAAGCCUAGUCUUUUCAAAUUAUCAAUCACGAGCUCAAUCGAUUAGCAAUAAAAUUAAUUCUUUGGGUUUCUCAUCGACAUAUAUUGUUGGAAAUCAAGAUAUGACUAAAAGAUUAGGAGCAAUUGAAAAGUUAAGAAAUUUGGAAUGUAGAAUUAUGUUGACCACAGAUUUAACUGCAAGAGGUAUAGAUAUUGAAAAUAUUAAUAUGGUCAUCAAUUUAGACAUACCUACGGAUCCAGCAACAUAUUUACACAGAAUUGGCAGAGCUGGUCGCUAUGGAUCUCAUGGAAUUUCUAUUACAAUUGUUUCUGAAAGUGAAUUUUCGUCGUUUAGGGAAUUAUUGACUUUGAUCGGUGGACCGAAUUUUUAUUUGUUUAAGCUCAGUUCUGAUUAUGCAGAAGAUGUUUGGGCUGGUGAUACUGCAACAUUUGAAAAGAUUUAUUCAGGACCUGAUAAAAAUGUCACAAAGGUUCCAGUCAUUGAUAAAGAAAUUCUUAAUUCUGAAAAUGGUAUACCUAUAACAAUAUCUAUAUCAGAACAUAUAUCUUCAGUAAAUAGUGAUGCAUCAUUAAAAAAUGUUAAAAAUACUUCUACUAUAAAACAUGAACAAGGUAACAAUAUUUCACCCAAGAGUACAGCAAGCAAUGAUAUUUUAUCAUCAGAAGAUGUUACUAUUACGAGAUAUGACAAAUCUGAAAGUGUUUCACCGAAAUAUACAGCAUCUAAUGAUAUAUUAUUAUCAAAGAAAAAUAUUGCAAAUACUGUUAAAAUGAAACAUAAAAAAUGCAAUAGUACUUCACCAAAAAACAAAAAAUGUCAUAAAAGCAUUGAUAAUAUAUGUGCAAAAUCUAAUGAGAAAAUAAGUAUUAGUUCUUUAUGUCAACGUUAUGAUUGGGACAAAUAUAAUUUUAUAAUUAAUACUUCGAAAGAACAUAAUAAAGAAGUUAUUAACUCAACUAUGGAAUCUAUAGCUAACAUUUCAGAAGAGAGUAAAGUAUCAAUUAUAGAUGCGCCUGAUGAUUUUGAUGAUGUUUCUUUCAUAGAAAAAUUGAAUAAAGAUAUUACUUUUGCAAUAAAUCUGUCAAAUGUAAAUGAUUAUAAAUUAUCAGAUGCUGAUGUUGAAGAUGUUAUUCAGUACAUGAAGAAUUCAUUAAUUGAAAAAGAAGAGAAUGACGAAAUCAAACAAGAAGAAAAUAUACUCUCUAAGUAUGAUAAAGAGGAUGACAACGAAAAAAUUUCCACACAAAUUUCUCAGGAUACAAAUGAUUCUGAUCUUUCUACAAAAAAUUCUAAUUUGCUAUAUUAUAGUUUACCUAUAAGUAAAUCGGAUAAUAAAGAAGAUAAGCAAAUAUGGGAAGUGUUAAACAAUUUCUUAUUAAUAUAUGCUAAAAGAAUUAACGAAAGUGAUAAUAAUAUUUGUAAUGAUGAAGAAUCUCUCUUGAGAAUAGCUUCCAAAUGGAAAGAAAUACUUAAUUUUGAAAUAAAUUUAUUAGAUAAGAGGUACAAAGGCAUGACUGAUCCUAUUCAUAAAUUAGUAUAUGAAGAACAUUUUCUAGCUUUCAAAACUUUUUUUAAUGUGCAAAAACGGGCUUUAUUAUGUAUUUUUCCACAAAUUCGUAAUGACGAAGAAGUACAGGAUACUUAUACAUAUUCAGGAUCUAAUUCAAAUAAUAAUUUAUUAGAUAUGUACAAAGAAAUAGAAGAUUUCAAAAGUCAUUAUUAUAUUUUAGGAACUAAAUUUAAUGCAUUUUUUCCAUAUCCUAUAAAUAUUGAUGAUUAUAUGCCAAAUUUAAUGAUGUCAGACACCGAGAUUGAAGAAUAUCGCAAAGCUUUGCAAUAUCUUAGAACUUAUCAAGAUCCCAAUGAGAAAUUAUUGGAAAUAAUAGAUUAUACGGCAUCUCUGAAUAAAAUUGAAAAAUAUGAUUUAUUCCAAAAAAUAAAAGAACAAAAUUUGUCAUUCACGGAUAUGAAAAUACUCCUUAAAGAAACAGCAGAAAAAAAUGUAAAAGCUGAAAAAUUAACAAAGGAUUUACAAUUGUUCGAAAAUCUAGUCUCUUUGGAAAAUAACGAACUGACUGAGCAAACAGAAGUGUUCGAGGAGCCGAUAUCUUUGGAAAAUCAAGAUGAUGACGCAGUUCAAUUCCAGAAAAAUGCAAAAGUGGAUAUUCCAAUCAUAAAUGUAAGCGGAAAAGAUUCAACAAAGGAAGUGCAGGAAAUUCAGUUUAAUAAAGUUACAGUUAUCGAUCAAAAUAAGCAUGCACAAAAUACGAAAUGUAAUGUUUCUAUUAAUGCAAGCACUGAUCAAAAAACAAAAAAAGUUGAACAAACGGAUGAAGAAGGUAAUGAAAAAAUAUGUAAUGUUUCAAGCAAAUUGUCAUCUGAGAAAGAUCUUGCACAACAUACUGAUACAGUUGCAGUGAAUAAUCGACAGAAAGUCUCGCCCGAUAGUAGCAAUAUCCAAAAGUCUAACAGAAAGAACAUUAAUCAUAGUAAAGUUCAAAAUUUGCAAACUAAAUAUGCACCUAUACAAACGAAUAAUAUUGUUUACAAUAAUAUCGAUAUGUUUGCCAAAACCGAUAAAUAUGUAAAUUCUCAUAAAUAUGAUCCAAAGGACAAUGCAGAUACAAGUAACUCAAUGGCCUUUGCACAAGAUUCACGAAUAUUAAAUUCACGUGCAAAUGUAAAUGCAAGGAAAACUCCUCGAUCUUCACUGAAUUCAGCGCAAAACUUUCGGUCACGAAACGUAAAUUCUAAUUUAUCAAAUAAACCAUUGGAAGCGUCGUUAAAUCAAAUCCAUCAUGAUCAAUGGAGCGGACAUGCAGCAGCGUAUCCCUACUCUUCAUAUACAUACACCCAAUCAUCACUAUUUAAUCCACAAUACUUGGAACAUGAAAUCGAAAAUUAUUCUACAAAUUUGACUCACGGAUUAGGUAAUGAUUUAGCAAAUGACUCGUAUAAAACGGAUAUUGAUAGAUUCUUAUCAUCGUUGAGAAUGCAGACGAAUCGGGUGCAUCUCGAGCUUUAUAAAUCACAAAUGUUCGAAAAUUGGAGUGCGUAUGAUUAAUAAUCGUGUGGAAUCGAGCUAAUAAGUAUGAUAUGGAGUAUUAUUUAACUAUGUGAGCGAGAUUUACAUAGAUAUUGCGAGCGUAUUUUCGUCGGAUCCUUUCUCACGAUGUGUUUAUGAUCAAGCGGCGGCAAAGAAUGACAUGUGAAUCGAUCGAUAGCGAAAGGUCACGCAUCACUGGUACUUAACACGCAUUGGCAAGAGUUGAACUGUGUGCCGGGGGUAACCUUUUCCUACCGAUUCGACGCUACCUACGGUUAUGCAAUCGGAUUGAUCUUUUGCGAUCGGCUCUUGUAUAAUCUUAUCGGCCGAAUAUUGUCGCUUGACGUAGUAAGGAUACUUUAUCAUGUGUAUGUCUUUUUAUAAGAAUUAAUGGUGCCGUUAAUGCACAUGUAGAUAUGCAUGCACGGGACGUAUUUUGUGAUUUACUUAUCUGGAAAUUAAUGGAAAAAGAAUUACUCUUUUAUGUAUAAAUAAAUAUCUUUUUUGUAUCUCUGUUCUAUUAUUCUACACUUAUAGUUGAA